GAUUCUACAUAUGCAAUAUCACAAACCAUAAGAUCAAUGAAACCAAAUGAAGAAGGCCUUGAAGACUUUGAAGGUUAUAUUCAUCUUCCCGACUCAUUUGAUCAUGGUAUUAUGAAUAAUCCAAGACCGAUAAAAAAAGGAUGGUUGUAA